AUGAAGGAGCAAUCUGAUUAUAAUCCAUGGCCCAAGAAGAAUGCGCUUCCUCUGUCUGAAGAUGAGGAAGAACCUUUCUUCGAAGUCUGUGAGACCGAACCGUCGCCUCCAUCCAUAGCCUUCAUGGUGAGUUCAAAUCUAUCAUUUCUAUCUGUUCUGUCAUCCCGUAUUCAAGGACAAUUUGAACCACUGGUGAUGAGUCUGGAAAAGAAUCCUCGUGUAUUUCUAGAUGUUUCAAUUGAUGGGGACCCUGUGGAAAGAAUUGUUAUUCAGCUUUUUGCCAGUAUAGUUCCAAAGACAGCUGAGAAUUUUCGGGCACUAUGCACAGGUGAGAAGGGCAUUGGAGAAUCAACUGCAAAACCUUUGCAUUACAAGGGAACCAGUUUUCAUCGUAUAAUUAGAGGUUUCAUGGCUCAAGGUGGUGAUUUUUCAAGGGGUAAUGGAACGGGCGGAGAAAGUAUAUAUGGUGGAAAAUUUGCAGAUGAAAAUUUCAAACUAACACAUGAUGGACCUGGCUUUCUUUCUAUGGCGAAUAGUGGUCCUAAUACAAAUGGAUCUCAGUUCUUUAUUACAUUCAAGCGCCAACCUCAUCUUGAUGGGAAACAUGUUGUUUUUGGAAAAGUUGUCAAUGGAAUUGAUGUUCUGAAGAAAAUUGAACUGGUGGGAACAUCUGAUGGGAAACCUACCCAGCCAGUUAAAAUUAUUGAUUGCGGUGAAGUUUCUGAAACAAAAACGCAGCAUACUGUUGAGAAGGAGAAAGGAAAUAGGAGAAAAUCAGGGAAACCCCUUACUUCUGAUGAUAGUUCCGAGUCUUCUGACAAAAAUUCAAGGGUUAAAAGAAAAAAAUCUUCCAAAGAAACAAGGAAGAAAAGGAGAAGAUACUCUACAUCUGAUAGUGAUAGUUAUUCCCCGGAUUCUGAGUCAGAUUCAGCUUCGGAUUCUGAGUCGGAUUCAUCUGAUUCGAGUUCCUCUAGUUAUGGGAAGCACAGGAAGAGGAGAAAUAAGCGCAAGCAUGGGAAGAAGAGGAGAAUUGGACGAAAGCAGAGAAAGAGAAGCCGGCACAGUCGAAGUAGAAGAUCAAAGCACAAGUCUAGGCGCAGUUCUGAGGAUUCAAGUGAUAGUACUAGUGGAAGUAGUUCUGGCGAUGAGAAAACUGAUCGUAAAACACAUGCUGACAAUAAAGCACAAAGAAAGCUAGAAACAGAAAAGCAAUCCUCUAGCCUUCCUCAACAAGGUCAAAUUAUUCCAGAGCAAACAACGGAUACCAAGGGUAGAAGCACUGUGGACAAGCAAUCACAUGAAGAAGGUGAAUUGUCUCCAGAAAAUGGUGCAUUUGUGAAUAAUGGGCAUGAUACUCAAGCUGAAUUUAGUAAACCUGCUAAGCAGCAUGCUGAUUCAGAUGAUUCAAAUCACAAUAGAAGUGCGAGUCCUGGAAGAAGUCCUACCAGGGAUUCUGGUGAGCUAAACAAAGGACGUGCCUUGUUGCUGGCUAGUCCUGGCCCAAAAGCAUCUGAACCUGCUGCCCCUAAACAUGGUCAGGGGUUUUCGAAAAGCCCUUCUCCUAAUGGCAUGCCUAAGCGUAUUAAAAAAGGACGUGGCUUUACUGAGCGUUAUGCCUUUGCCCGCAGAUAUCGCACUCCAUCUCCAGUGCGGUCUCCUCGCACAUAUCGUUAUGGUGAUAGAAAUAUAAGAAGGAACUUUGAUAGAAACACAAGCUACAGAAGUUAUUCCGAGCGCUCUCCACCACGACGUUAUCGAAGCCCACCUGGGGGCAGAAAUCGUCCAAGGUACCAUAGCAGGAGAAGUCGUAGUAGGAGCAAUUCUCGCAGUCCAGUGCGUGGCCGUUUUAGAGACCGUGGCCGGAGUCGGAGCCCAAGACGCAGUCUUAGUCCUGAAGACAGGCGGCCUCCCAUAAGUGACAGAUUAAAAUCCCGACUUGGUCCAAGAAGUGCUGAACGAUUGGCAGACAGGAGGGGAAGGUCAAAGUCCAAUUCUAGGAGCAAUGACUCAUCUCGCUCCAGAUCCCCUGAUGCUACACCACCUAAACGAUAUGAUAAAAGGACUUCCGUAUCUCGUAGCAGGUCUAGGUCCAGCUCUUCAUCCGGUCAGAAGGGUUUAGUUUCUUACGGAGAUGCUAGUCCUGAUUCUGGGGCUAAGUAA